GCGAGCGGCUGGUCGGCCUGACGGACGGUCAAGGGCUGGAGUGGGCGCGCGGACGGACCGCGAACAGACGGACGCGCCUCGGCCGCAAGGUUCCCAGGCAGGAUCUUCCCGAGAGGCGGGCAGCGCCCGGUGGAAUCUCGCUGCCCCUCGCUGCCUGGCCCCCGAGUGCAAGCGUCCAGCGGCCGCCGCAUCCAAAGUGAUCGCUGCCUCUCCUUCCCCGCCAGGCUCGGGACCAUGAAGCCGCUGCCGUCGGUGGCGCUGAAGCUCUUUCUGGCCGCAGUGUUGUCCGCGUUGGUGACCGGUGAGAGUCUGGAGCGGCUUCGGAGAGGUCUGGCGGCAGCAACCAGCAACCCUGACCCUCCUACUGGAUCCACACACCAGCUGUUACCCACGGGAGGCGAUCGCGCUCAGGAAGUCCAGGACUUGGAUAAGACAGACCUGGACAUUUUCAGAGUUGAUUUCUCCUCCAAGCCACAAGCGCUAGCCACGCCAAGCAAAGAAAAGAAUGGGAGAAAAAAGAAGAAAGGCAAGGGAUUAGGAAAGAAGAGAGACCCGUGUCUUAAGAAAUACAAGGACUUCUGCAUCCAUGGGGAAUGUCGGUACCUGAAGGAUCUCCGGACUCCCUCAUGCCACUGCCACCCUGGUUACCAUGGAGCGAGGUGUCAUGGGCUGACCCUACCGGUGGAGAAUCCCCUAUAUACAUAUGACCACACUACAGUUUUGGCUGUGGUGGCUGUAGUGUUGUCCUCUGUCUGUCUGCUUGUCAUAGUGGGACUUCUCAUGUUUAGGUACCAUAGGCGAGGAGGUUAUGAUGUGGAAAAUGAAGAAAAGGUGAAGCUGGGAAUGGCGACUUCCCACUGAGGAGGACCUGCACGCAAGAAACCUUCAGGGGAUGGCUACCUCUGAGACAGUGGCUCAUUACAAGAUCUACAGAGGGACAGUACUUCAAAGGCAGCCAUGAAGACCUGCUUCUUCAUUCCCAGUUGCUACCCUGACUGGGCCUCCGUAAUCGCUCUGCAAAAAUAUCAGAGCCUCCAAGUGCCAAACAGACUAUGCCCACUGGGAUCCGGAUCAGAAGGAAGCAGAGGCGAGAGGGCCAUUCAGGUCUUUCUGAUUCUCCUCCACUGACCCCACUGGCUUGUUGAAACACUUAGCUUCUGGAUUGAAGUGCCAGCUAGUUUUCAUGUGCUCCAGGGUUUCUGACUGAAAAAAAAAAAAAAAAAAAUGAGAGGAAUGAUGAGCGAUUUAUGGACUGGGAGAGAGCGACAGAGUUGGAAGCCAUGUGGCCAAGUAGCCACAAGGGAUCUGCUGUUUGGACCCUCCAGCACGCUGGAUUUGAUGAGCUAACUGUGAAAUACCACAAGCCCAAGAACUCUGAAUUUUGGGACUUCUACCCAGAGAGGAAACAUAACAACUUUUUUUUUUUUUUUUUUUUUUUUGUUAUUUGUUUGUAAAAUGCCUCUUAAAUUAUAUAUUUAUUUUAUCCUAUGUAUGUUAAUUUAUUUAGUUUUUAACAAUCUAACAAUAAUAUUUCAAGUGCCUAGACUGUUACUUUGGCCAUAUUCUGGCCCACCUCUUUGCAGCUCUACAGCCUGGCUCAGCACCACGCUGCCGUUUGCUCUAUAGCCCAUCUAUAGUAAUUUAUUGUCUGUCUACAUUUCAGAAGCUAUCCCAGGAGCAGAGUAUCCCAGCGGGGGUUGUGUAUGGUCAGAAUGCAGGGAUUGAUUUGGGUAGAGCCACUCCAUGAGUUGGACUGCAGUCUUGCCUAAGUGAUUUUUGUCUACUGUUUGUGUUUCGAAAGCCCAAGGUGCUGAUGUCGAUGUGUAAUAGAUAUUGGUGUUUGCCUGAGUCCUCUCCCUUUCAAAUCUCAAAAGAGGUUGGGUGUCCAUGCCUGCAGUUUACUGGUCCCUUGUCCUCCAUCACCCUGUCCCACUCUCCCUUGUGUCAAGAUGUCUCCCUUACUCCUGCCAUUCUUCUGGUGCUACUCCAUGCAGGGGCUGGUAAAGCAGAGGACAGUUUGGAGAAGGUAUUAGUGAAGAAAAAGGCUGAGGAGGGACAGGGAAUGUUGGAGUCGACUAUCUCGGUAGUUGAUUACCUAUCGGUUACUACAGAGAAAGUUGGCGGUGGGGAAGGUUUUGGGUAAGCAAACUGUGUCUGCUGUCACAGUCCCCGUGGAAGUUUCCGGUGCCAUUUCUGAACUGUUACAACCUAUAUUUCCAAAACCUGGUUCAUAUUUAUACUUUGUGAUCCAAAUAAAGAUAACCCUUAC